CAGCCCUUUUGCUAGGAAGUUUCCUAUUAUUGUCGUGUCCCUAGCAUAUAAUUAAUAGGUGAGAAACAGGUGGCAACUAUUGAGUGGUAGGCUGCCAUCUGGUGCACCCAUAUAUGUAGGAGUCUUGCUCCAUUAUUCGGGAGGAGGAAAAACAGAAUAAGAAAAAGAAGAAAUCCAUCUUCCUUCAGCUCUCUCUUUCACCUUUUAUCUCAUUCUAUUUCACUCAUCAUGGUAUCAGAGCCCUGAAAGAGAGAGCUGCAUUAAAAUCUUCCGAAAACUAGGGUUUCUCCUAUCCUGUAUCUUCAAUGGAAAGGAUGAACCCUCAAAACCCCUUGUACCUUCAUGGCUCAGAUGGGCCUAACACAGUAAGUGUUGAAAAACUCACUGGUGUGAGUAAUUACAGGAGAUGGAGAAGAUCCAUGGAGAUAGCACUUUCCUCAAAAAGAAAACUUGGCUUUGUGAAGGGAAGUUUUGUGAAGGAACAAGCUGACACAGCAAAGGCAGAACUCUGGGAUACAUGCAACGACACUGUGAUAGGAUGGAUUAUGGGGUCUGUUUCAGACUCUAUCAAACAGACCAUCAUGUAUAUGCUCACAGCUAGGGAGAUCUGGAUGUAUCUGGAGAGCAGAUACUCUGUCUCAAAUGGCUCCCUUAAAUAUAAACUCAACAGAGAACUCUAUAGCUUCAAGCAAGGAGGUGCAACCAUCAAUGAUUAUUAUACUGCCAUGAGGGGCAUGUGGGAGGAACUGGAGUCUUUAGACCAGUUGCCCACCAUUACUACUGUUGGAGAGGAUGUGACAAGAUUCUUAGAAGCCUUGGAAAAACAGAAGGAAGAGAAAAGAUUGUUUCAAUUUCUCAAUGGAGUGGAUGAAGUUUAUGGACCUCAAAGGAGUCAACUGCUCAUGAUGACAACUCUUCCUUCAGUAGAGUUUGCUUGUAGUUCACUUCAACAAGAAGAGUCACAAAGAUGUGUGCUCAAUCCUAUGAAGGCUCCCUUGGAGUCCUCUGCCAUGUAUAGCAAGGGAGCAACUGACCCAGAGACGUGCUCAGCUUGUGGGGUGAAAGGACAUCCAAGGGAGAGAUGUUGGACAGUUAUAGGCUAUCCUAAAUGGCAUCCAAAACACAAAGCUCUUUAUAAAAGCAGGGAAGGAGGCACAGGUUCUAGUGUUGGUACUAGUGUUGGGUCUGGAAAAAACACUAACUCCAAUACUGGAUGGUUCAAAAAUAAAAAGUAUGGUUCUCAGAAAGUUGCUGCCAAUGCACAAGGAGGAAGCAGCCUAGGGGACAAUGGAGAAAUCACAGUCCAACAAUUGGAGCAUCUGCUGAGGAACCUGCAUAACAAACCUAGAUCAACCGUGGCAGGUUCAGACACUGAAGAUGAACUCGAUUCUAGCUUUGCUGGCUUCGCAGGUAUGGUCUCAUGCUUGUGUGUAAAUGCUGAAAAUGUUGAUUGGAUAAUUGACUCUGGAGCUUCUGACCAUAUGACUGGAGACAUAAGUCAUAUUGAGAAUGUUGUAGCUGUUGGGAAUAGAUUGAAAAUAAAUCUACCUAACGGUAAUACCUCUGAUAUCACUCACUGUGGUGGUGUAAAGCUGAAAAAUGGACUAAACCUUAAGAAGGUUUUAGUAGUUCCUGAGUUUAAACAUAAUCUGCUGUCAGUUAAUAAACUUGUGAGCUCUGAAGAUUGCAAGGUAGACUUCUAUGCAGGAUAUUGUGUCAUAGUUGACAAUGUCACUCAAAAAGUAAAGGGAAUUGGAGAGUCAAGAAAUGGUCUAUACUAUCUGUUGAAUGAAGACAUAAAAUCAGUUGUGAGAAGUCUAAAACAUGCAGAGCGAAACUCAGGCAGAAGUGUAGGGUCAGCAAACACUAGUUCUGCAAAAAUCAGGCAUGGUUAUGUGGAAACAGAAAAGAUGAGUGAAACUUUGAUUUGGCACUUGAGAUUAGGACAUGCCCCCAUGAGCAAGCUGAAUCAAAUUGGAGUAUGGGAUAAAAAUGAUAUCAAUGUUGAAAGGAUGUGUGUAACUUGUCCAAUGGGAAAGCUAACCAAGAAGCCCUUUCCUAAUAGCAAAUGUAAAGUGGUUUGAACAAGUUUAUCCGUACACUCUUGACAAAAAUCAGAUCACUCAUUUGAUUCCUCCAUCAAAUGAACAUACCAUACAGCCAGCCUCCACCUGGGAAGACUCAUCGUUUGAAGAUGAAGAAGAGGAGGAAACAAAUCUCAAUCCAAACCGAACACCUAACCCCCCUACUCCACUUCAAACAGACUCACCCCUACAUACUCAAAAUAACCCAACCACACCACUACCUCUACGGAGAUCAGUAAGGCACUCUCAUCGCCCUCAAUGGAUGAGUGAUUACGUUACUCCUAUAACCAAUCUCACAUCUACAUCAGUAAACCCUCAAUUCAGUUGCUUCAUGACCAGUCUUGUUAACAUCAGAGAUCCUGUCACCUUUGCAGAAGCUAGUAGACAACCUCACUGGCUUGAGGGGGAGUAUUGAGAGAAAUAAAUAUGCUUUUAUUCUAAUUGCUGCACUGUCCUCUUUUAUCUUCUAUUAGCUGUAUUAUUUUUGUCCUUUUCUACUAGUUUUUUGCCUGCUGCUGCGCCAGCCCUUUUGCUAGGAAGUUUCCUAUUAUUGUCGUGUCCCUAGCAUAUAAUUAAUAGGUGAGAAACAGGUGGCAACUAUUGAGUGGUAGGCUGCCAUCUGGUGCACCCAUAUAUGUAGGAGUCUUGCUCCAUUAUUCGGGAGGAGGAAAAACAGAAUAAGAAAAAGAAGAAAUCCAU